AUGGUGCGUACCAAGCAACGGCUUCGUCAGCCGUACUGGUGGCCUGCAAUCGACAGCAGCGUCGAGGCUGCCAUUCGCGAAUGUGCCGUGUGUCAAACGGCUGACAAGUCGGCAAAGGCAGUAUCAGCCCCACUUACCCCGGUACCGCUCCCAAACGCCCCGUGGGAAAAGCUCGGAAUGGACAUAAUGGGUCCUUACGAGGAAGCACCACACGACUGUCGGUACAUGAUUACACUGAUAGAUUACUACAGUCGGUGGCCUGAAGUUUGUUUUUCAAGUGCGGUCACCAGCACGACCGCCAUCAAGUUCCUUCGACAGGUUUUCAGCCGGGAAGGCUACCCCUCCCAAAUCAUUACGGACAACGGACCUCAGUUCGUCUCACAAGAAUUCGAAAGUUUCCUUCAAGGAUGUGGAAUUCGGCACACUUGUUCCUCUGUGUACCACCCGCAAGGCAACGGGAUGGUCGAGCGGUUCAACCAAGUGUUGAAGAAUUUCAUACAAAUAUCACGCCUGGAGCAACGUUCAAUCAAGGAAGCUGUUUUAGAGUACUUACUGGUGUACCGAGCCACACCUCAUGGAUCGACUGGGCUAGCACCGGCUUACUUGCUUCAUCGAAGGAACAUUCGCACAAAACUCGACAUAGUUGGUUUCCCAACAACAAGAUUUUUUGAAGAUCCAGCUCACGAGAUGGAACAGCUACGUCGGAAGGUUGAGGAAAAACAGAAGGCCACAAAAACAUACGUUGACAGCAAAAGAGGGGCGCAGCCAAGGGAUUUUAAACCAGGAGAUUUCGUACGUGUGAAACUACCUCGUCAUCAACGGAAAGGGCGACCUAGGUUUUCUGAGCCCAAGAAGAUCAUCGAGAAAAGAGGGCCGAACUCCUCCUUGUUGGACGAUAAGAAAAUUUGGAACGCAAGCAGGUUUUCCAAAGUACAUAAGGACGUGGCACCAAAGUUACUACAAUCAAGGAGUCCCGAAACGGAAUCGACGCCUGUCGCCUUGUACUGGGAACCGGAGAGCUCCACCAGAGAAGACCUCGUCGUCCAGGCUGGGGCACAGGUACGCCAGCCAAACCUUCCUGAGCCACCAAGACAAAACAACGAAGACUGCGCACCUCAGCUUCGUAGAAGUACCAGAAGAUGCGCACUUCGCAACGGUCCGCGGGUCCGCAACGGUUGUGCCCAAAAUUAA